UCAGAAGCUUGACACUGCGUUUGAUAAUCUUAUCUAAAAGCACUAAAAAAGCGUGCAAGUUUUAUGUCAACUUCACCUUUCGAAGAUGCCUCUCGCUAUCGCUCUUGUGAUACUUGCUGCUGGAUCUGUAACUUCUUUCCUAGAAUGCUUUAACACGGAUAUGGAAAGCAGACCUUGCCAUCCGAUGCAGCUAUGGUGCGUAAAAUGGGAGAAUGGUACUACUGUCAGUCGCGGAUGCGCCGAUGUCGUAAUUUGCCCUGAUGAGGAGGAAGGGUGUUUUCCGGAGCACAGUAAGGAAUCGGCGGUGAGAUGGUGUUGCUGUAACACAAACCUCUGCAAUCUCUCACCGAGUUCCAAAUCGUUGUAUUUAGUGUUUGCUAUUAUUGUAAUAUUGCUCGCAUGA